AUGACGAAACGCAAGGGCAAGCAUCUGGCCAGAGAGGAACCCGCAGUACGACAGCCUCUCUCACAACUGCUAUUCUACGGUCACACUGCAGCACUGACGGAGAACGCGCUCGUCGUCCUGGUUGAGUCCGGCCUCCUGGGCCCCUCCUGGGCCGAAGUGGUGGAGCUCCAGCGCGCCUCCCUCUUCUUCUGCGAGUUGUGCCGAAGCUGCACCCCGGUGCGCGUGCGAGUUGACGCCCAGACCCCAAGGGCCAUGUGGGCCCGGACGAGUAGACCCGGUGAUGGCGGUGGCCGGGACAACCGUGGCGGGGGAGACAGCAGCGAAAACGACGGGAGUAAAGUCAGGGCUAAAGGGAGAAAAAAGUGGAGCUUGUGGCGGCGGCAGAAGCAACAGAAGACGGGCGGGACCGAGAGGAACGCCGGCGGUUUCAGCAACGGCGGCGGUGGUGGUGGUGCUGCUGCCGCUGCGUCGCGACUCCCACGCCUAAGCAUAACAAGCCUCGUGUGGGCGGCGCCAGCGAAAAACCUGGGCGACGGCAGCGACCUUCCCUUGGCGUUGAGAGAGCUGACCUUCGACCGGGGGUUCAACCGGCGCCUGGUUGGACUCGCGUGGCCGCCAAACCUCCGAAAGCUGACCUUCGGCUCAAGCUUCAAUCGAGAGCUAGCCUGCCAGAGGCGGGAGAGUCGAUCAGGGCCCGGACAGCCAGCGGGGUCCACACCGCCUCCACCGAUUGCCGCUGGCGGUAGCUGCAGAGGUGAUCGUGGUCACCGCAGGGGGAAGAGGAGGGAGAACGAUCCGGAGACCGUUCCUCUCCUUCCGGCAAGCCUCGAGGAGCUGACGCUCGGGAAGCACUUCAACAAGCCGCUACCACCGCGGGGGCUGCUGCCUCCCGGGCUGGUAUCCCUGACGCUGGGGAGGAACUUUCGUCAGCACCGCAGCGUGCGCCACGCGGUGUGGCCCCGGACCCUCAAGGUCGUUAGGUUCGGGGAGGGCAUGCUCGAAGAGCAGCGGAAGAACUGGCCGCGGCUCGAGGCAAUGCGGGGGCUGACGUCAUCGCCCUCCACCGCCCCCCCCGGGGAGAACAGGGAGGAGACCAAGGGCUUUGCGUGGCCGGGUGGGUUGGAUAGGGUGGAGUUCUGGCGGGAGGGGAGGGUGGUGGUUCGACUCCUCGGCGGGACCACGCUCGACAAGGAUUCGCUAGAAUGGCUUGUGAACAACGAAUGA